AUGGAAUCUAUAGCCAUAUUAAAAGAAGCUAAAGAAAUUCUAAAGCAAUUCAAACAAAUAUUACAACAUAUAUGUGAACGAGGUCGGCAUAUCCCCAUUGAAAAUAUUCUUCGCUUAUUUCCUGACAUAAAUCAAGCUAAAAAUGAUCUCAAAACAUUGGCACCAUUAUUAAUUAAAGACAUUCUACCGUUACUUCGUUCUAUUAUUUCAUUUUGGAAAAAUCGUAUUCGUAUUCGAUCUAUCUGUACAGGUAUUAUGAAUUUGAGUUCAAAAAUAUCUGUUGAUAUCGAUCUAAAUUUCUUACGGAAAGUUCUUUCUAUUGAUGCACGGACACCAAUCCGAGUUUUCUCUUCAGCAUAUAAAUAUUAUCUUAAAGACUUUAAAAGGAAAUGUUCGGCCAAUGUUCUAACAUUGCUUUCAUUUUAUGGUUCAUCUCAAGAUUUAUUCGAAUUUCUUGAUUCGCUGGCGGCGGAUGAUGUUUAUAAUUUACAAGAAGCUGUUAACGAUUGGGAUGAAACAUUGAUGAAUACAAAAACUAUUUUCGAUUUUUCUACUGUGAAAAACUUUCUUGAUCGUGCCUACGCAUCAAUUACAGAAAAACUAAAACAAUUAAAUCUUAAUUCAAUAUCAUUUGAGCAUAUAAUCGCCUGUUUUGAAGAUAUUUUGACAAACAAGGAAUUCAAUGAUCUUGCCAAAUGUCUCCAAUCAUCAGCUUUGUCUUUAGCAAGUAUCAAGCGUAUCCAUUUGGAAUUAACCGACAAAGAACAAUCGAAGAGACGUCAAAUAGCCGAUAUUCUACAAAGUUCAAAUAUCGGGUUCGUUCGAAUUGGACAUCAUGAAGUAGCCUUUGAUAUAAACAUUGUACUUCAGAAUCACCAGGAGCAACAACAAAAACAAACAACCGUGAAUGAAGAACAGAAAAUCCAAAAUAUUACAUUUGCUGAUAUAAGUGAACUUCGUGAUCGUGCACGUCUACUCGAAUACUCUAGUAAUACACAAAAAUCUGAUAAAAAUCAGCAUGAUGUGGAUAAAUUACGUCAUUUUAUAGAAUUUGUUAGUGUCGUUGAGACAACUCUUGAAACGCUAACAAACUUAUAUAGGACUGGUUAUCCAUUAGUAUCACAAUUUCUUAUCACAGAAAGAAAGUUUUCAUGUGUAAAUGGAAACUAUGAUCAAUUGACACAAAAUAAUACAACAUUAGCCAAUUUACUUAAUAGUUGGGAAAAGAAAUUACUUUCCCUGUACGAAAUUUAUAAUGAUUUAACAUACUUUACAGGCGAUCAAUUUCAGCUUAUCGAAGAUUAUAUUUACAAAUCAUUAUCAGUAACUGAUCCUGGUUAUCAUCUUCUUCGGUUUAUUGAUAUUGGUCCAAAGUCAAUUAAAAAAAUAGAUAAAACAUCAGAAGAACCUGAAGAUCGUUUAGAAAAUCUUGGGGAUUUACUUUCAAAAUCACGAGUAGAAAUAUCUUGUCAGAAAGAAAUUUUGAAAAAUGAAAAAAUUCUUCUGGUUGAAACGACAAAUGAAGGUAUUCUUCGUGCAAUUCUAUCUCUAUUUCAAAAAACAAACACUCCACCGCAUAUUCGGCAUAUUUUCUAUUGUACAACACGAACCAAUUGGAUACAAAUUCGUGCAUUUGUCUAUCGCUGUUUCUAUUCGAAAUCAUUUCAUCAACUUAUUCGACCUGAACUUCUUUCCCAAUCAAUUCAAGAUCAAUUUUUUCGUUUAUUACGUUCAUUGAUUAAAGAGAAACCGGAUCAAUAUUUUCGCAUUGGUAUUAUAACGGCCACUACCAUGAAAAAUCAGCAGUUGAUCAAUGGACUUCGAUCGAUGCGCAUUGUCGAUAUUCUACGUGAUCAAGAUUUAUUAAAUAAAGCCGAAUUACAGAAUUUAAUUCAAGAGAUGUAUAAAAAUUGUAAACUUGUCACAUCGCGAAUAUCUGGUCUAGGAAAAUCUGCAUGUAUUCGUCAAGCAAUAGAAAAAUCUAACAAACGAUAUGUGAAAAUUCCAAUCUAUGGUGAUUUCGAAAUUGAUACAUUAGCUGAACGUUUGCGUUCACAAUAUUCUCAAUUUGAAACAGGCUCCAUUCAUCUUGAUAUCGGUACGGCUGCUAAUACUCAACAAUUGAAUGAAGUUCUUUAUUGUCUAUUACUUUUUCGAAAUUUUCGAUUCGGACAAGUAGCUGUUUCGAUACCUACUGAAACUACUAUUUAUAUAGAACUUGAUGCAUCAUCUGAUGCAACAGUCAAUAAAUUACCAUUGUUACAAUAUAUAACACCAUCGAUUAUUGUUGAAAACAUCGACUGGAUGAUUCUAAAUAUCGAGCAGGAUGGAAUUCAAGCUGUGGCCAAUUAUUUACAAGCUAUCAAUAAUAAAACUAUUUUUCAACAAAAUUUUAAUUCAUCAAAAUUUGAAAAAUUAGAUGUUAAAACAUGUGUACAUCUUAUUCAAGCUUUAUUUCUUCCGAAUAAAGAUGUUGAAUACAUAACAUGGACUCAAUUAUCAAUUUUUGUUGCCGUAUUUCAACGCUUAUUUACUGGUUUCUCACAGUGUGGUUAUUUCUUAUUUGACUGUGUUCAAGAAUCAGCACGUCCAUUGAAUAUUGUUCAAAAACGUCGAGCGGAGCUUGUUCAAAAACUUCGAGUGGAGCUUGUUCAAAUACUUCUUAAAUCAUCAAAUCAAUUUACUUCACUUUCAGUUGAAUCUGUUCGUAAACAACAACGAUCAGCUGCCAAUGGCGAGUCAACGACUUUCAGUGAUGCUAUCAUUCGGUGGGACACAAUUCAACCGUUUACAUUAGUUUUCACGGCAAGUGAUGAGCCACUUUUUGUGUACAAGAAGCCAACAGAUGUACCAAAAGCAUUAGUCGACGAUUUCAAAUUUUAUUAUCAAGCAACAAGACAAGCCCUGGGCAACCACGCUCACCAGAUUACGACUAAAUCCAUGCUGAAUUUCGCGAAAUACCCUCGGAUUCUAUCGAAAUCCGAUAAAAUCCCAGCCGGAACCCAGGAACAAGGAUUGAGUGACCCUGAAAAUGGCAUGAACGAACAAAGCAUGUUUCCAGAUUACAAUACGCUUGGCCAUACUGAACUGUUUUUCAAAUUAGCUUCACUCUCAAAUAAAUAUUUUAACAAAUCGAUUUGUCCGAAAUGUUUUGGGCAAUAUGAUUUUCAACAAGUAGAAUGCGAUAAAUGUGCGAGUCAAGAAACACUUAUUCGGCCGACGUCAUACGAUCAUAAAGAUGUCCAACAAUUCCAAAUUGAUAUAGCAAAAAGACUUCAAAGUAGUUAUGUUCUUACACCAGAUAAUUUCAUUAAAAUGCUUCUAAUUUAUAUGCGAGUGCAAAGUGGUAUUCCUGUGUUGAUUAUGGGUGAAACAGGAUGUGGAAAAACAUCCUUAAUUCAAUUUUUAUGCCAAAAAGUCUUGGAUCAAGAACUAGAAAUAUUUCGUAUUCAUGCUGGUGUUACAGCUGAUAUUAUUAUCAAGAAGAUGAAUGCAUACAUUAAAAUAGUUCAAGCUUACACAGGUGAAGAAAAACGUUUAUGGAUAUUUUUCGAUGAAUUUAAUACGACAACAAACAUUGGUCUUCUUAAAGAGAUAAUGUGUGAGCGAACACUGCUCGGAGAACCAUUGCCGAAUAAAAUGGUUUUUCUCGGUGCUUGUAAUCCUCGGCGACAGAAAACAGCACAGCGUAUUCAAAACGAUAAUGCGCAUGUUGGACUACGUAAAAAUCGUUAUGAAAUGCAAAAACUUCUCUGGGCAGGUACUGAUCAACGUCUUUUGUAUACGGUGGUACCAAUGCCGGAAACCAUGCUCGAAUAUAUUUGGGAUUAUGGCUAUCUAAAUGAAACAACAGAAUUAGAUUAUAUAAAAACGAUGUUAUUACGAUGUAAAUAUCUUUCAAAUUUCAAGGUUAUUUACAAUCUUAUGAUUCGACUUCUUCUUCAAUCUCAAAAUCAUUUUCGUCAAAUAGAAGAUGCAAGUAGUGUAAGUCUACGAGAUAUCGAUCGUUUUUGCCGUCUUUACAAUUGGUUUCUUGAGUCAAUACGUCAACGUGGCACGCAGGAAAAUCUAGACAAUCCACCUGAAACUUAUAUUCAUCGAGCGAGUUUUAUCGCAUUAAUGGUUUGCUAUUAUUUUCGUUUGCAUUCAGACGAGUUAAAGGACGCUUAUGUGAAAAAAAUUCACACGAUUGUGGUGGAAAAUAAUCCAGAAUUAGACAAGACGCCCAACUAUUUAAUAAGCUGUAUUCUUCAUCGUGAACAAAAAUGGUUGAUUAACGAUCGAAUGGAAGUACCGCCAAAUACGGCUAAAAAUCGAGCCCUUCGUGACAAUAUUUUUGUUCUUCUUGCUUGCAUUGUCAAUCGUAUACCGUUGUUUUUAUGUGGUAAACCUGGUAGUAGUAAGUCAUCAGCCGUUCAAAUUCUUAUUAGCAAUUUAAAAGGAAAAAAAUCAACAGAUUCCUAUUUUCAAACAUUACCUGAACUUGUCGCUGUUUCAUUUCAAGGUUCACAAAAUUGUACGUCAGAAAGUAUAAUCAAAGUUUUUAAACGUGCUUUAAAAUAUGUUGGGGUUCGAAAUGAUUCUGAAAUAUUACCUGUGAUUGUUUUUGAUGAAAUUGGUCUUGCUGAACUUUCACCACAUAAUCCAUUGAAAGUCUUACAUGCCAAACUUGAAGUUGAUGAUUGUAAAUAUGGUUUUGUUGGUAUAUCAAAUUGGCGACUUGAUGCAUCAAAAAUGAAUCGAGCACUCUAUCUGUCAACACCAGAUCCCGACGUUGCAGAUUUGCAAUUGACAGGUGUGAAUAUCGCUCAAAGCAUGCAGCAACAAAUUGGAGGAUCAGCAGCUCCCAUUGACUUAUUAGUUAUUGAUAGUCUUGCUAAAGCUUACUAUGAUUUAUAUGUACAUCUGAAAGAAAGUCAACGGGAGUAUGAAAAUUAUUUUGGUCUUCGAGAUUAUUAUUCACUUAUAAAAGGUAUUAUUCGCGACUCAAUAAUUGUGAAAGACAAAGAUAAGCUAUAUGGAAUAAUUCGAAAACAACUCAAGAUUAAUUUUGAUGGUGCUUAUGAUGGCUCACAAUAUCUAUGGGAACAAUUUUGUAAUUACAUUAAUAGACGAAAUAUAAUUGCGCAAUAUAAAUGUCCUCUUUUUAAUUAUCUUCUCGAUCAAACUCUUCGUACUCGUUCAGGUAGAUAUCUAAUGCUUAUUGCUGAUAAUGACAGUGCAAUUGAUUAUGUCGAGCGCUACAUUAAUGUCCAUCAGCAAAGACAAAAGAAUGUUGUUCGUACAAUUGUUGGUAGUUCAUUUCCUGGUGAUCACAGUUCGGGUAAUGUCUAUGCAGAAGAUUAUAAUUAUCGAGUUUUAAUGGAUAUUAUACUUUAUGCGGAAACACCUAUAACUUUAAUUAUGCGUCAAAUGGGCCAUCUCUAUGAUAAUCUUUAUGAUUUAUUUAAUCAAAAUUUUGCUGUAUCGGCACAAAAAAAAUAUUGUCGCAUUGCUUUAGGAGCACUUUAUCAUCCACGCUGUCUUAUUCAUGAUGCUUUUUAUUGUAUAGUUUUCAUUCAUAAACGCGAUUUAGAUCAAUGUGAUCCACCGUUUCUCAAUCGUUUCGAAAAGCAUACUAUUGACAUUCAAACAUUAAUACACGAACGUCAUUGGUUAUUAUCUCGACAACUUUAUGGUUGGCUUGAGAAUUGCUUGCCAAAUAAUCUUGGUAGUAAUUUUCCUCUUUUACAACAUCUUUUCGUUGAUUAUAGUCAAGAUCAAUUAUGCAGUCUUGUUAUUGACGCUUGUGAACAAUUAAACAUUUCAACUGACGAUGAAAACACACCGGAAAAAAAUCUUCAACUAAUAAAUUAUUGUCAAGAAAAAUUACUUCGUGCCGCUUCAUUCGAUUUACCAUUGACUCUUUCAACGCAAACAUCAUCCGAAUGUCAAAAUUUGAUUCAACAAUAUUAUGAAAUGCGCCA